AAAUUAGUGCUUCUCGACCAAGGAUUUGGUUUAAUUGGCCACACCACGGUGUACUGAACUUAACAUUAUGUAUUCGAACUUGUAGGAGACAAAAUGCAAGCUAGACUAUAAUAUGAUUAUGAGUACAGAGUCUUCUUUUAAGAAAAAUUAAUGUCAUUUAAGACCAUUUCAAGGUACGAUAAAUACAUGAUAUUCAGGUGUCUGUCAAAAUUGUAGCCAUCUUGUUGUAUUUUCAGAGGGAUAGAACCAUGUCUCUUAAAUGUGAUAUAUGCAGGGAGGAUUUCAAAAAUGCACACGGGUUGAGUAUACAUAAGUCAAAAAUGCAUCCACCCCUAACCUGUGGAAUAUGUCAGAAAAACGAUUUUAAAAAUGAACAUGGUCUUAGCAUUCAUAUGACAAAAAUGCAUCAGGAUAAGGAAAGUGAGCUUUAUACAAGAAAAACUUCCCAGCAUGACAUUCAUCAUAGAAAAGAUGGUGGUCGACAAAGGCCAUCUACUGCAUGUGGCCACAGAAAAGAUGGACACCCAGGAAGAAAUCCACCUACAGCCGCCCAUAAUCCACAUAGCCGCAGCGCUGUAAAUGCAAAAAGCAAAUCUUACAGUGGACCUCCAAGAGAACAUAAAGGUGCCACAGGAACACGGCCAAAAUCAGUGCCACCUAAAUUUGUAGAAAGUCAUAAAAUAGAUCCUCAUUCGCCAGGAAAGAGGCAAGUUAUUAAGGAGGCUGCUAAGAUUGUACAUGUACAGGCUUCCCCGGAAACUUUAACCAAAUCUCAAGAGAAAACCGGGGGGCGAAGUAAACCAAAGGAACCGUCGGCUACCGAGAGGUCACCUUCAUCAAUGUCAAGUGAGAAGAAUCAAUUGUAUUGUAAAAGUGCUACAGGAACAUGGCCAAAAUCAGUGCCACCUAAAUUUAUAGAAAAUCAUAAAAGGGAUACUUAUUCGCCAGAAAAGAAGCAAGUUAUUAAGGAGGCUGCUAAAAUGGUACAUGCUUCCCCUGAAACUUUAACCAAACUUCCAGAGAAAACAGGGGGGCGAAGUAAACCAAAGGAACCGUCACCCACUGAGAGGUCACCUUCGUCACUGUCAAAUUCGACACUGUCAUGUCUUGCUUCAGAUAAAAGCAAACUUCUUACAAUUCUAAAAGCAGGCAUUAUAUGCCCUAAAGAGGACAGUAAAUUAAGGGUGGAUAGAGUUAACCUAUUUGUUCAGCAUUUAGAAGAAACGAUGGCCGGGGUGUCGGAUUUUCCAUUGGAAUUGUUUAAAUCUGGAUCUUACUACGACAAAACUAAGAUUGAUUAUGCAGAUGAGUUCGAUUUUAUGUUUUACCCGAAGGCCACCUUUGAAGCUGACUUUUCAAAUUGUCCGCCAGGAUACUGUAAAAUUAAGAAAGGUCGAACGACUAUUCAGGACUUCGACAACAUGUUUACUAAAAAUGGUUAUCUUAUUCCGGAACGUUUUAAAGAGAAGAUGUUUCAAAUUUUUAAGAAGUGUAUUGAAAAUCCUGGCUUCCGAGAGGGAAGAAGAACAAAGAGAAAGCUGCGGAAUCCUGAGAGUCCCGCCUUCACUGUUUUCUAUGAUCUACAACUCCAGGGUAAGCCUCCAAUCGACAUUGAUCUAGUUCCCGCCAUUAGACUGGACGGAUGGCCCUCCACUUUUAAAAGACCGAGCGCAAAAUGGCUCAGCGAGGACCAUGCUAAGAAGGCCAUGAAAUGUUUCCACGCCGUCACGAAGACGUUCCCAGGAAAACAUGCAGAUGCAGAUCUUCUUUGGCGGAUUUCGUUUUCACACGCAGAACGGAAGCUGAUUCACCACGCAGAUUACACAGACAAAGGCGUUCGAAAGACAAUCUUUAAAAUUCUGAAGAAAUUAAAGGAAGACAUAAAAACCGAUUCUCCGAAAAUCGAGAAGUUCUGCAGCUACCACCUUAAAAUGUUCAUGUUAGGGUUUUUCGAUAGACACCAAGACUUCUCGGAGAAAAAUGAGCAGCAUUUGUUUAAUCAAAGUAUCAAAGAACUUGUGAAAUGUCUGCAGGAAGGAGAAAUACGGAACUAUUUUAUUCCAAACGACAAUAUUUUGAAAUAUGUACCGAAAGAUGAAAAAGAUCUCAUUGCACGAAAACUUGAAGAAUACAUUUAGAUUGACUGGUCAGGAAGUGUUAAGGAUGACCAUAUUGAGUGUAAAGUGAAAUUUAUGUUUUUACUUUUUUAAUUUUAAGUCAUCAUAUUUGCAUACUAUUCUAAACAACCGUUUGAUGGUUGUGAAAUGCCAUAUAUCUUCAAUGAAGUGCAUUUAUAAACAUUUAAUAGAGAAAGCUGAAUUUUACGCUUUAUUGAUUUAUGCUAGUACAUGACAGUUGUGAUAUAAUUAGAUAUACAACUGUAGCUUUGUAAAUUUUAAAUGUUCCUGUUAUAAGGCAUGUAAAAAUAUAAUUGUAGUUGUAUGCUUUCAAUGACUGUAUAUAUAUAUUUUUUUUUUUACACUUUUUUAAAAUCAAAUUGUGUUUUUAAAUUUUAUUUUAUCUUUAUUUUGUAUUUUUUUUUUAUUUAUUGUGUGUGUGUGUUUUAUUGAAGCACUGUGUAUAACAUUGUUUACUUAUAUACGUAGUAAAAUAAUUCUUUUCUCGCAUUAAGAUUAGGUUGCAAAAAAUACUUUUAAUCUAUGAUACGAUGAUACUAUAGCAGUUGUUUCCAAGUUUUGUGUAUGUAGAUUAUCGGUAUUGAAAAAGGAUGUUUCUUAAAUUUUUAGCACCGACUUUCGUGCAUUCACAGGGCUGGAAACAAUUUUCUCUUUGUCGAUGAGUUUUAUUAGGUUAUGAAGUAGCUUUUUUAGUGUCUGAAUAAGUGUAUUUAUUAAUGUACUAUAGUAUUUCCUCCUUAUAUCUUUUAUGUCGCGCAAUGAAUACUCUCAGGGCAUGUUUUUUUCAUACGUUCUAGCUGUACUCAUUUUUGUCCGUUAGCGUAAUGCAUUUAUAGCUCAAUUUCAAAUACACUGGGAAUAUUUAA